AUGCCUCCGGAUGGAUCGUCAUUCACGACUCUAAACCUCCCACCGACUUUCGAACUACCCCAAUGCAUGGAAUACUUCACCCUCCAAGCAGGCCCCAACACAGACCUAUGGCGCAAACCACCAAACGGAGAUACCUCCACGGCUCCCAUAGUCUUCACCUCACUACGGCAGCCAUUCGUCGUAGCGGAGGUGACCGUGAGCGCAGACUGGGAAAUGGAAUGGGACCAAGGCGGCCUAGUGAUCUUCGCUGGGGCGGCACCACAACCCCUCUCAUCAGAAGUCGAUCUCCCACGUCACCGCACCACCUUCCCAUGCAAAUGGGUCAAAGCCGGAAUGGAGUUCUCGUCAGGAACAGUGAACGCCUCGUCCGUGAGCGCGACAGCCGACGGCGCAGACUGGUGUCUGUCGCCUCUGGGGUUGUCGCAGGCUGGACUGGCUACCCACUCGCUGCGCAUUAAGCUCGAGCGGGUUGGCCAUGCCCUGUGGAUCUGGUACCAGGUCCCCUCGGCUCUUCCUUAUACCCUUUCGCCUGGAGCGGUGGGGAGUUCAUGGAAGAAGUUGCGGGAGGUGACCUGGUUCUUUUAUGGGGUAGAGGACAAGUUUGUUCAUGUUGGUGUUUAUGCGAGUCGGCCGACGGGGUUGUCGCGUGGGGAUACGAUGUGGGAUGCUAUGCAUGGCUUGACGGUUGAUAACUCGUUGCCGACUGGUUCGGAUGGGUUAGUUGUUGAGUUUGAAGACCUGGAAAUCUUCUAG